GUGAUCAUAAACUACUGGAGUGUGAGAAGUAACCACAGCGCAGAGCGGCGCGUGCGCGUUAGCACAGCUCCUCCUCCUCCUCCUCCUCUCACAUACAGGAAGAGUAAACAGACCAGCUGCUGGUAGAAGCGCACGAACACGGUAAACGUGAUGUGGGCUGAAAAGUUGGGGAAACAGCUGGGCCGCCCGACACGUUCAGUAGGAGGGUGGCUGGUCAGUAAGUUGCUCACAGUGCGCAACCAGGUCCUUGAGGAGAACGCCGUGCAGCUGUGUGGAAUCCAACCUGGAGACACGGUGCUGGAACUGGGUCACGGCCCGGGUCUGGGUCUGCAGUCAGCAGCCAAACUGCUAACAGAACCCACAGGCCAUCUCAUAGGGGUGGAUUACUCAGAGUACAUGCAUCAGAUGGCGAGUGAGCGAGUGAAGGAUCUUGUGGCAAGUGGGAAAGUGACACUACACCACUGUGAUGUAGCAGCAAUGCCUCUAGACAACAGCACUGUGGACAAAGUCUUUCACUGUAACUGCUACUACUUCUGGCCUGACCUCAGGAAGGGAGCUUCAGAGAUACACCGAGUAAUGAAACCAGGAGGCCUGAUGGUGACCACACUGAGGCUGUCCAAUGUGGCUGCUAUGGCAGCAAAGCGAGUGAUGCCAGGGGAGAACUGGCGCCCGGAGGCCUAUAUGGCCGCGCUGAGAGAAUCUGGCUUUACUGAUGUCAGAAUUGAGGACAAACAGCUUGAAAACGUUACUUUUCAGGCUAUCUAUGCAACUGCCUUAAAGUGAUACUAUGUGCAUUCUACCUCACUUUUGUGAUUGUGAGGUUUUGUAUGAGUUAAUUGUUUUUUGAUGCUGUACCUUUUCAAGAUUGAAAAACUGUGAUUUAUCAUAAUGAUAAACAAAUAAUGAUCAGAGCUGUAUCACCUAAAUACUUGGUGGAAUAUUUCCUUGAUACAGAGAGGACUUGGAGUAGAAUUACACUAUGCUGCAGUCAUAAAUACAGUAUAUUCUAUUGAUAUGGUUGAAAUAUUAAGAAUAUUUUCUUAUAUCAAUAUGAACCACAACGAAGGAAAUAUUUGCAAACUCAAUAAUUAAACUAAUGUUCAAAGCAA